GUUAGGACAAAACAAGCAUUGUACUUACAUACGCGUUCACUUCCAGCGUAAAGUAUACAUCUCCACACAAUUCCGUAUACUCCAAACUUUCGACAGGGAAACGGAACCCCUGGCCCAGACCAUUUUUUAUCAGGUGAGACUGUGAGAGCGUGACGUCUCUUUUUUCCUUCUCAUCCAUCUCGCCUUGCCCGCAUUGGAAGAUGGGUGAUGUCCGGACGGCGACCGGUAGGUGCCCCAUCAAUUGCUGCCGCGAUUCGUGCGUACGUAUGUAGACACGGACGUAGCCUAGAAUCGGAUACAACAAAUCAACCGUAGUGUACACCGCCAAAACCCGAGCCCAAGAUAUCGCAAUUGUUUGCUCGAAGCCUGACCCUGGAUCAUUUUGUUAACUGUAUAUGUAUAUGGGCGAUGACGUGUCGGCUCAUCAGUCGACUGUGCAUACAGAUGGGAAAUGUCGUAUCCUGUAGCGGUCGCGCUCCCAUCUUUUUGAUCGGCAGCGACCCGGCGAGCGAGAAAGGAUUCCACAUAUUUCUGGCCCAGGCCGCUCCAAAUCUCCGGUUUCAGGCGCUGCGCGACCGUCGCACGAGCACCACAGACCGCAGCCCCUCUCGCGCACACGGCACACACACGGCACGAUCGUAGGGAGCCCCCGACACCUGGGCAGCCCCUCGUAGCCAUCAUCAUUGCCCCCAAUAAUUCACCGCCCGCACCGGACGCCGAUCGCCACCACCACCAGUAGAGCGCGCGGCGCGCCAAUAAUAGGAGCGCGAGCAUGGCACCCCAGCGCUGAAACACACUGCACGCUGGUCAGUGGCCACUGGCCGGCCACCGCACGCACGCAAAGCUUCGAUCGAGCACGGGCGCGCGGUGUGGGCCGAUGUCCAUGCGCGACCGCCACGCCUCCGCCGUGUCCCCGUCGCUUCGCUUCCUCGGCUUCAUCAAGCAGCCCGAUGGCGCCGGCGCUGCUGACAUGGAGCUCGAGCUCGACGAGCGCGACGUAGUCUGGUCCUCCUCCACCUCCUUCUCCUCGGCCUCCACCGCCUCGUCGCCGUCGCCCACGCCGUCCCCGUCCGGGGGCGGCCACCGCUGGCCCCUCUCCUCCCGCGCGUUCCCCACCGGCAGCGCCGGCCUCUCGGCGCUCAUCGCCGACGAGGACAGCCACUCGCCCAGCGCGGCCAUCCCUGCCGCGGCCCGACGGGAGAAGCAGCCGCUCUCGCAGCCGUACCACCAGUCUGCGCCGGUGGCUGUACCUGCCUGGUCCAAGGCGACGGCGGACAGGCGACGCCGGGAGGCGGAGCAAGAGGCCGCUGACGAGGAGGACGAAGACGACGACGAACUUAUGGUGCCGCCGCAUGAGAUGGCCGCGCGCCGCGCCGCGGCGGCGGCGUCGGUGAUGGAGGGCGCUGGGCGCACGCUGAAGGGGCGCGACCUCCGGCGCAUGCGCAACGCCGUGUGGCGUACCACCGGCUUCCUCGACCUGUGAAAAAGGACUCUCCUUUGGAGGUUUCUCUUGCUGCCCUCGUCAGUCCAAUUGGUGGCGUAGUAGUACUUCGUUACAGAAAAUGUUGCUACGUUUGGGGUUCUGUAGGCGAAAUAUUUUGAUGUACUACUAGUAAAUUGACAAGUGUUUUAUGUUUUCCUACUAGCAGAAAACAAUGCUAAUCACGGAGCAAUUAACUAGGAGUAAGGUCUAAGUGGCUAGUUUGCACUUGCAGCUACAAUUGCUUUACGGUUUGGGUCUGUCUAAGUCUAAGUCGACUGAGACUUGGCCAAGUCUCAGUCGGCUGACGUCAGCCGAAAAAGAUUAGGCCCGUUUUUGGUCCUUUCUACUUGAACUUUAAUGUAUCACCUAAUGGCUUGUUA